AUGGUGAUUGGCAUUCAAAGCAGGAGGAUAAUCAAAGUGGAUUUGGAAAACCCUGGUAAAAAAACACACAGAAACACUAUUUAUAAAAUUAAAGAAUGUUUGAAGCCAGAACUUGGUGAGUUUUUGGGCACGAUGGUUCUAGUAACAUUUGGAGAUGGAGUGGUAGCUCAAGUUCGACUUUCAAACCAAAAUGCUGGCAACUACACUUCCAUUGCAUUGGGGUGGGCUUCUGCUGUGAUGUUGGGAUUCGUUGCUAGUGGAGGAGACCCAGGUCAUUUGAAUCCAGGCGUGACAAUAAGUGCAGCAAUAUUUAGAAGAUUUCGCUGGAAAAGAGUGCCAUCUGUGAUAUUAGCACAGUUGCUAGGUGGGUUUAUCGGUAGCUGUGUGGUAUACGCUACAUACGUUGGAUCAAUCAAUCAAUUUGAAGGUGGACCAGAUAUAAGAAGCAUUUUUGGGGAGAAGGAAACUGCAUCCAUAUUUUGCACGUUUCCUCAAUCGUAUUUAACUUGGAGCCAAAAAUUCAUUUCAGAAUUGAUUCCAAGCAUUUUACUUCAAAUUGGUAUAUUUAGUUUGUCAGAUUUCCAUGGCCAUACAUCUCCAUCAAACACCUGCUUGCCAAUCGGUUUAUUUAUAUUGAUUCUUGCCAUCGGCUCUUCUUUUGGGUUUCAGACUGGUUACGCUAUUAAUAUGGCAAGAGAUUUUGCACCAAGAGUGGCUGCCUCCUUCUUAGGUUAUGGAGUGACGAUGUUUACAGCAUAUGAUCACUAUUUUUGGAUUCCUAUUGUCGCUCCAAUAAUAGGUUGUAUUAUUGGAAGUAUCAUUUACGACACACUUAUAUAUACAGGGGACGAUUCUCGUAUCAACCAGAAAGUGUUUGGUGUUACCAAAAAGAUGAAAAUCAGUUCAACCUAUUUUUAA